AUGAAGCUCACCAUUGCUCUCUGUGUACUUUUGUCAGCCGUAUGCAUAAAUGCCAAUGUACCAUGUUAUGGUAAGGGCUGUGGAUAUGGAAGUGGGGGCUAUGAUGGCGGAUAUUACGGCGGAUAUGGUGGAUUAGGAGGUUUGGGCGGCUAUGCUGGAUUAGGGGGUUUGGGCUAUGGUGGAUUAGGUGGUUUAGUCAGUUAUGGCGGCGGAUUUGAUGGUUAUGGUGGAGGAUAUGGUUAUGGCAAAGGGUAUGGCGGCGGAUAUGGUGGGUUAGGCGGUUACGGCAGCUAUGGUGGAUUAGGAGGUUUUGGCUAUGGUGAAUUAGGUAGUUUGGGCUAUGGUGGAUUAGGAGGUUUAGUCAGCUCUGGCGGUUAUGGAUUAGGUGGAUAUGGCGCCGGUUAUGGAUUAGGUGGAUAUGGCGCCGGUUAUGGAUUAGGUGGAUAUGGUGGAGGAUAUGGCGCAGGAUAUGGUGGGGGAAAGAAAUACUGA